AUGGUAGGGGAGUCUCAGCUAUCGAGCAACAUGUCUGAUAAGACCGAGGAAAAUAUUGAACGAGCAGAAGUAGAUGAAAAGACGUCAGGUUUUGAAGUGUUAAGAAGGCAAAAUACCUCUAGUGGGCGGCUUUCACCAAAAAGUCAAGUAGAUAUGAGGGCUACUAUAUUUCAUGAUCCUCAGGGAAUUAUCCGCACGCCAUCAGGUCGGGCUAGUCAAAAUUGCAGUUCUCUGGGGCCUUCGAAAGGGAAGCAAGAGAGUCCCCAACCAGUUACGACAACCCCGCCAUCGGUGGGAUCCUCUAGUACAGUCACUAGAAAGGCUAGCAUGUCAGGUGUUUCUGCUUUACCUGCGUUAAAGUCUGUAACUCACGUUCUGAAAUCAAGAUCGAACUCUUCAAGUAGUAAUUUACGGAGCUCACCAGAGUCUGAGCACGGUAAUACUCCCUUGAUGGCGGUUCCACCGGCACUAGUGAGGUCAAACUCGGGGAUGGUGUUUACUGGGAGUAAUCAGAGCCUCGUUUCUACGAAUACAGCUACAGGGAGUGGUAAUGUUAUUGUGGGAAAUGUAGCGGAGGGUUCUGUUGCAUCAAAUAACAGUGCUCAAAGCACUCUACGGUCAGCUCACAAACCUGUGCGCCGACAGUAUGUGUUUAACGAGAAGCUGUAUCUAGCUAUGAUGAAGAAAAGCCAUGUGGAUGAUUAUUAUACGCGAGGCAUUGCCCCUACGCUGAAUGACGAUGAGGAAGACGACACGGACUUUGACACGCCAGAUGACAAUUUCGAUGCCGAGGAUGUUACAUUCAAUACGGACCUUUUCGCGGGGAAGAUAGACAAGAUUAUGGAGCCGUAUGACGAUGAGCUAGUCUCUAUGAGCACCACUCAGCUGAUAAUGAAGAUGAAUUGGCUUAGAAAAUCCGACCCCGAUAAUCCCGAUAUAGAGACGCCUAUAGAGUAUUUGGAAAUGAAUGCUGGUCACCGUGACACUCGUACAUCUUUCCAGUCUCAAUUAGAAACUAAGCUAGAGGCGCAAACAAUGUUAAACAAACUCUCGAAAAAUCCACUUGUGCAGGAGCGAUUGGAAUGGCAGACGAUGUUAUCGAAUGUCUUAAGAGGUGAUAUAAUGAGGUCCGAGAAAACUAAAUUGGCUAAGCAAAGGACUACGGACGAACUAACGACGCAAUAUAGCGAUGGGAUUUGGUUAGAAUUGAAAGCCUGGUUGUAUGGCAGGACUGUAGAAGAGCAGAAGAAUUGGCUUCGAUAUUUAUGUGCCUCUACAGAUAAUUUGUUCACGAGAAUUAUGAAUUUUAGACUAGCUGAUGGCAUAGAAAUUGACGAUGCUGUGGCGCAAGUUGAGAGUUUACUUGCGGAGUACUAUAAAGUCGUACCAUAUUGGCAAACCCUACAACACAUGAAUAAAGAGAAGCCCAUAACGAAUUCUCCUGCGUUCAAGUUACAUAUAGAAGCGAUGAACACUUAUGUGGUUAUUUAUAAAGCGUUUAAAACUGAAGUAGAAGCUUUAGCUCAGUGGAUUGGUAACAAUGAUCUCGAUGUUAAAGCAGCAUGUGAUACAACCGAGAUUGAUGGGUUGUGCGAUAAUAAGAGGUCAUUUGCAGAACAAAUUCUAAAAGAGAAGGAUAUUGAAAACAUUUUUCAGAAGAAGAUAUUCUACCGUCAUUCUCCAUGGAUAUUCAAAGCAAAGCUUGCGAGCCUUCAAUAUAAGGAAGUCAGUUCGGAAAUAAACUUGCCUUCUCUUGAUGCAUAUUUGAUAACACUACUCUCGUUUCCUUUGAAACUUAUAAAGGAAAUAACGAUAAUUCGGCUAGAUUACGCUCAAAAAUUAGAAAAACCAACAAUGAUGAUGAUUGAUCAGAUGAUAGACGACUUUAAAGUCUACACAAAACUUGCAGUGCAAAUUAAAUACACCAUUCAACUCUAUGGAAGAGACCAAGAGUUUAAUACCGCUGAUGUUAUAGAUAGUAGUUUUGAUGCAACUGUCAACGAGGCUAUAAAAUACUUCUUUAAGCUACUGAAUUUGAAAUUAGUUGACUCUUCAAAAACUUCUUUCAAAACUUUUAAGGAACCAGAGGUAUUAUUUUCUCAUUGGGAAGAUCUUAAGAACGUUGGCUGUUUUAUUGAUGGCGCCAACGAAUUCGUAUCUAUGGGGUUUGUGCAUUUAACACUUCGACUAUUGAACAAGCUGCAUUCAUAUAUCCUCAACGAACAAAAAUUUGUGGAUCAAGUUCAAAAUAAAGAGCAGUGUGAGAAGUUGAUAGUUGCUUCAUUGGAGCAUAUUGGUACUUUUGAAAGGAAAAUUAAUAGAUUCUCUAAUGUUUUGACUAAAGCUCUCCAAAAUGAAGUGACUUAUAGGAUUAAUAAUACCCAAAUGUUAUUCCAGCAGUUAAAAGAAACUGGGCAUUUUCUGAUCUAUACUGGGAGGUAUCUCGAAGAUAAUGGCAUUUAUCUAUUUGGAAGUCGAGAAUUGCUAGGGCAAUCUCCAGAGAAAAUAAUACGCAUUUUAAAAGGGUCUGAUGUUGGAUCCGACUUAAUCCCUAAAGUCACUAUAAAGAACAGCUUAAAUGUUUAUACUGCAUGCGAACAAGGUUUUAGUUCAAAUCCUAUCUUUGUACAAGAGCACAGGCCUGAUGGUGUCUCAUUGUACCAUGUUCACUCAGAGGCCAUGAAAAAAAAUAGCUCCAAAUUCAGGCAUAAACAACCUAAUUCUGUCCAAUACCCAUAUAGCUCGGAUGACGAGGAAGGUGAAUUAUCAGCAUUGGGAUUGAAAUUAAAAUCGCUGGGGUAUUUACUUGCUGUCUGUCCAGGUGAAACGAUAUUAUGGGAUGGUGAAAUGUAUAACCUAGCUUCGGAGAAUGAAUUGAAAAUUAUUGAUUUCAACAUGGACAUUGCCUCAAACACUGUUACCCUUUUAAACCAAGGUUCUACAUAUUCAAUAGAUUAUCAGUGUGACAGAUUUGCUCACUUUGUUGGAAAUUCUGUUUCAGUGUUAGAGCGCUUCUGUUCGAUUACCCAAGCUGAAAAGGUUUUAAAAAAGAUUAGAAAGGCAUAUUUCAGGAUCACGUAUCGUACUUUGACAAAUCAGAUUAGAAUUAUUAAUUCUAUCAAAUCAAGGUUUCAAGGCUUUGAGUCUCUGAAUAGUAUCUUCAUCUUCUGUAGAGAUUUUGCAAGAAACUAUCUCCGGUCUAAUAUUGCACCUUAUGAAAAGCGUUCGGUGAUUAUUAUGUUAAUGUUGAAGCUAAGUAUUGGUUGGUUAACGUUUUUAGUGGAUGACUGUGAUCCAAGUGACUCCAAAACUUACAAAUGGUGUGUCCCUGCAAUGGAGUUUGCGAUGCAAAUGACAAGUGGAUGGAAUAUCCUUGGCAUUGAUGAGGAACAAUUCAAGAAUUUGAAAGAUAAGAUUUCUGGAUGUAUGUCUCUGCUUAUUUCACAUUUCGAUAUUCUUGGUGUGCGGUCGUGGGAGGCAGAGAAGACCGCUGUUCUUCAAUUCAGGUCAAAUAUUGAUGUUGAAGUAGACAACGAGGAAGAGGUAUGUGCUAUUAAUUCCAAAAUACGGUUAAAGGCUAUAGAAGAACUUGAAAACGCUACAAUAAAUACACGGCGUCAAGUGGGUAAGGUUUUGGAUGCUACAGAUAAGGAAAACAAAUAUUUAUUGUCAUUGGCCUCCUCGUUGUCGAACUUUUCAAUUAGAUGGCAGAAGCGUCGCUUCAUUGGCGGAGGUUCUUUUGGCUCCGUUUAUUCAGUUGUCAAUCUAGAUACAGGUGACAUAUUAGCCGUAAAAGAGAUCAAGUUCACAGACAGGAAAACGAUGAAGCAGGUAUUCCCCUCUAUCAAAGACGAGAUGACUGUUUUAGAAAUGUUAAACCAUCCAAACGUUGUGCAAUACUAUGGAGUUGAGGUUCACAGAGACAGAGUUAAUAUAUUUAUGGAAUACUGUGAGGGUGGUUCGCUUGCUAGCUUGCUAGAACAUGGUCGUAUUGAAGAUGAAAUGGUAACACAGGUUUAUACACUGCAGCUCUUAGAAGGCUUGGCAUAUCUACAUGAGUCUGGAGUCGAUCAUCAUGAUAUCAAACCGGAAAACAUCUUGCUGGAUUUUAAUGGCAUUAUCAAAUAUGUGGACUUCGGUGCUGCGAAACUAAUCGCAAAUAACGGCUCUCAGAUAAUUGGAGAUAGAGAACAUAAUGAAAACGUCCAGAAACAAAUAGGUACUCCUAUGUAUAUGUCCCCAGAGGCUAUUAGCUGCUCUGGUCAUGGAAAGUUUGGUUCAGGCGACAUUUGGUCUUUGGGUUGUGUUGUAUUAGAGAUGGCUACUGGAAGAAGACCAUGGGCCAAUCUCGAUAACCAGUGGGCUAUAAUGUAUCACGUCGCUGCAGGAAGGAUUCCAGCUUUUCCUAACAAGAAUGAAAUGUCCCCUGCAGGAAUAGCGUUCCUUUCACGUUGCUUAAUUCAAGAUCCUAACAAGAGAUCCAGUGCUGUAGAAUUAUUAAUGGAUCCAUGGAUAAUUGAGAUUAGAAAUAUUGCAUUUGGGGAUGAUGCGCAAGAAUUAUCUGAAGAACGCGCAGUAAAGACUGAGUAG